AUGAGUGCUCAGCGGCCCUACGAGCUCGCCCGCAACGCCAUCUGGAAUAUCCUCGUCCUCGCGCCAGCGCGGGACGCUCGGGCAAACUUCCAAUUCAACGUCGACGUCGCCAAGUGGCGCAGCGAGAGUCUCGAGCCGCUCACUCAGCUCUACAUCCAGCUCGAGUAUGAUUUGAACGAGGGCGUUUUCAGCAAGCAUGUCGAGGCGCUCAAACAGACCGUCUCUGCUUGCCGCCAGCCUCUGCGUGCCAGCUUGAUCGUCCACGACAGCCAGAUGCCGACCACCGACCAGCUGUGCGGCGUCUUGCGAAGCGGCAGGCCACUUGUCUUUGACCAGCACUACGGACCGCACGGAGGAUGGCUGGAUCCUGAACCACAAACUCGAGUUGCUGCAGGAUCAGCUGGUCCCACAGCACGCCACGUCAGCUCAGAGCACGAGAACUACAUCCUACCCGGCUUCCUUGGCCCUUUCCACGGCCAGUACAACUCGUCGAACCAGCGGUCGCUCGUCAAGCCCGAAAUUGCGCGCCGUGUCGCCUUGAUGCACGGGACGACCAAGGAGAGGUGGCAGAGGCAGGCAAGGGCGUUCUAG